CGAGGGCGCGUGGUGGAUCGAGGGUGUCAGUCACAGACCAUUUGCUCAGCGACGAGCACAUCGAUGGUCGUAAUUAGGAUAAUUAUCGCCUGAUCGACGCAAGACGCAAAGGCGCACCAUAAUCGCGAGAAAUCGCAAGGAACACCAGAACCGUGCGAAAUCGUCGUCGCAUCCUCGCGAGCGGAGCGGAACCGAGCCGAACAGAGCCGAAUUGAACGGAAACGAAAACGAAAACGGCAGUGUCGAUCCGGGGGCGCGUAUCCAUCACGUUACGGCGGGACAAAUGUUCUCGACGAGCUUUCGCGAAAUUCCGCCGUCGAGCAGUAAACCCGAGAGAAAUCGCCGGCAGGAAUACGACGCCGGUGAUCAUCGCCGGUACGCUUCCGGUACUACCGAUCGGACCGUCGCGAUGAAGUGAGCACCAUCGGGCUCGCAGGCUACUACGACGAUGCAGUUCACAAUCGUUGGCUGUGUCCGCAUCCAAGCGUCUAGAACGUAAUCGAUAGUGUUCAGCGUUCGUUGCGUGUCGUCUCGGGUCAACUGAACUGAGUUUAGACGAAAUAUACCGGAAGCGGGAAUACCUGCCGAGAAUAGAGAUACGUUAAAGGGAAUAGAUCGAGGUCGAGAGACAAGGUUGCGACGGCGACUCUGACGACUACGACGGCGAGAACGGGAACGGGAACGAUGACGACGAUUACGAUACGACGCGGCGGUAAUUAAAGGAUAAGGGUCGCGAUAGAACGAAUGGUGUGAUCACGACGCCACGUUGUAGCAUAGCCUUCGCAUAUAUUACCGUACGUACGUACGUACACAGGUAAAUGCAUACGAGCGCACAAGUAUACAGGCGAAACGAGCGAAAUAUAUUUAAAUAUUGUGAUACGCAUACGUAAUUAUAAGCGCGCGCACGCGGGCGUGUCGAUCGACAAGCAAUAAGAGCAAUAAAAAGAAUAUUACCCGUGUUAUACGCUGUCGGAUCGGUGAUUCCUGUCACACUGUGUUCGAAAGAGCUCGUUAGUCGCUAAGCCAAUCGACGAGUUUACGCUUAUUUCACCGGGACCGUCGAGAAAGUGCGCCGACGACAAGAUGGCGUUCGCCGCGGCGAGGAUGAUCCUCAAGGACAAGCGCAGGAAAGCUAGCAAAGAGGACUUCGCACCGCGAAAUAGAAGCAAGGCUCGCAGCGCCAGCACAAGUAGCUUUAGAAGCCUGAGCCAGGCACGCAACAAACCGGCGGAUGGCGUGGGUCAUGUAAACCAAAAAGGUGCUUCCGGUCAGAAAGCGCCGACGGCUGGUCAGAAGGUCGCGCCGGGUGCUAAGGGCGCGGCGAAACCGACCCAAAAACCGACAGCCCAGAAAGGCCAAGUGAAAGUGACACCCAAGGCGGCCUCCGUCAAAACCGGCAAAAACAAGAAGAAGGGACAACGGCAGCAAUAUGAUCUCAUCGUUACUAUUAACUUGUCCGAAUAUGGACUCACAGAAGAUCAGGUAGCAGAAUUCAAAGAGGCAUUCAUGCUCUUCGACAAGGACGAAGAUGGCACGAUUACGAUGGCGGAAUUAGGAGUCGUUAUGCGGUCUCUCGGUCAAAGACCAUCGGAGACGGAACUGCGCGAUAUGGUGAAUGAAGUGGAUCAAGAUGGAAACGGUACCAUCGAGUUCAACGAGUUCCUGCAGAUGAUGUCGAAGAAGAUGAAGAACGCCGACGGGGAGGACGAACUUCGCGAGGCGUUCCGAGUGUUCGAUAAGAACAACGACGGCUUAAUAUCCUCGAAGGAGCUGCGACACGUAAUGACGAAUCUCGGUGAGAAGCUAUCUGAAGAGGAGGUCGACGAUAUGAUUAAGGAGGCGGAUUUAGAUGGCGACGGAAUGGUCAACUACGAAGAUUUUGUGUCGAUCCUAUUGUCGAAAAAUUAGUUCGGAAAUACCUGAAGUAACAGAGGACUCUCGAUGGAGAAGAAAUAAAAUGGAUCCGCUAUCCAAGUUCCUCGACUUCGUAGGAUCGUAACGAGAAGUCGUUUCAUGCCUCAUGAAACUACCGCAUUCAAGACCGUCGACGGAAAAAUCAAGAGUUCAUCGAUGACCGAUCGACCGCGGCAUGUACAACAACAGUGAGAUCGCGGAAGCGAAUCACGCGAUUUCGAUCGCACGAACAUACCAAUUUUACUCUAUAUAGUUAAGGCUUUAUGAGCGAUGUGUCGAAGGUUUCGCGCGUAAGUAGCGCAGGUAGAGAAUUGGGGAGGCAUCGGAAGUCUUUGACUUCGAGCGGGACGCGCGGCUUCCGCCGCCGAAUGGUAAAGCUUCGGCCUUACGGCCGGAAAACUGAGAGGAGAGACUUUCUUCCGCGAAUUUUUUGCACAUACGUACACGCAUUAUAUACACAGAUACACCUCGCGCUCCUUCGGACUAAUCUUAGACGAGUACUUGAAAUUUUUAGGUAUAACGGUAACGUAACGUACGGUAAAAUAAAGAGAGUAUGUCCAAACGACGGGGGAGGGAGGCGCGACCCGGAACAAUCAACCGAGCUUCGUUUAGACUUUUACGUACCCUUAAUAUUUAUCUCCCCUUCGGUAAUUUUACGGAGCGGAGAAUUUAGAAGUUACCUAGCUUUCCACGCCCUUUUAAGCGCCCCCCCCGCGAGAAAGUCCUGAAAUAUAUAACAGUAUACACGAUAUGUUUACGUAAUAUAUAUAUACAUAUAUACAUAUGUUAUUAUAUUAUUAUUAUACGAUAUUCCUUUUGCGUCGCUUGUUCCCUUAAAACGCGACGCGUACGAAAGGUACCGUACUUCGAGUGUUUUUACCGCUUGUAAUACACGCAGAACGCGCGCAAACGUAGUGACACACAAGUACACACGUCUCCCGUCCUUGCCGUCGCCCUCUCAUUGCCAUCACCUCCUCGAUUGUUAGUAACUUUAGAGCGGGCACGCCGACGACACGUUGAAGAGUGAUCGACCCUAGCGCUUUCGCACGUAGCGUGAAUUGACCGAUAAUCGUGGUGCCGCGUUUCCGUAAUCGAUCACCAUUGAGUGGACGACUGCCCUGGUUGAAAAGGUGCUUCGAAAGCCGACAGUCUAAAACGUUCAAGUUAUCGCGUUAUUCCUAUGGGAACAAUCAAGCAGAGCGUUUGCUACUCUAAGCGUACGAGAUUUGAAAAGACGUUCGUAUGGUGUUCAUUCCUUUAGUUACUGAAGGAAUAAUCUAACGACCUAAACGGGAUUGUUCAUGCACGGGUUCGUUGGUGGAGUCUUGGACGGAAGCAAUGCUGCGACCAUUGACAAUCCCUCGUUACAUACCCAAUGACUAUAGUUGCCCAUUGUGAUAAUUAACAGGUGCCUAUGGUCAUUAGGUAUAUGGCAGUGGCUAUUAGGAAAGAUAAAAAGAAAAAGGACAGUUCUUACGCGAGAACAAUUCAACCAGGGCGAUUAACGCGAGCACCCCUUCGUUCGUAAACACGGAGGGAUUGUAUAUAUGUUGCGAUCUCUCAGAAGAUGAAAAAUGUGGCACGACAUGUUUCCGCUGUCGCACAAUCAAGUGUUAUUCGCCGCAUCGUCGGAUUCAGGAGCGUAUAAGCUACGUGCGGAUUAUGUGGUAUGUAUGUAUGUACCUUUAGACGUGUUAUAUAAAAAAAACCCUGCGCGUUAGCACGCGAAAUAGACCCAUAGGUAGUACCUAGCGAUUCAUAGUGACAGAUAAAGAAAAAGGCGGUCGCAACUAUAAACAGCGGAGCUGUAACACGUGAAUUAUUAUAUACUAUACAUAUGAUGAUGUUGCUACCACGAGAAAGAAAAGAAACAUACGUGAAAUACAUUGUAGAUAGUCAUAUAUAUACAUAUAUUUAAUACAUUGUAUGUAUAUGUAUAUGUCCUCUCCGCCGCCCGCGUUCCACACGCAUAUACACCCCCACACGCACGCAUGCACGCGCGCGUAGUCCGCCCCGGCACGAAACGGAAAAUUGAAAACGCGCGAUUGGUAGCGCGAGAGAGACGAGAGAAUUGAAGUGAUAAUAACGCGCGAGCGCAUCUGUCGCGUACUAUCAAUCGGAGUAAUUCUAUUCCAUUUUGUGCGCGUGAUGUUCCAUUGUUUUAUUGAAUCUUUAUUAUUCGUUCAUAUUUGUAUAUCAUGAUUCUUUUGCGUAUUAGUCGGCUUAAACCUACCGAUCAUUUGUGAAUCCUUAUAAAAGAUUAGAUUUUCGACAAAAACCAUUUACAAAUUGAUGACCGUAUCGUAUCAUAUUAUUAGUUAAAAGGCAUUUAAACUGAUGAAGUAAGAUAAGCUAUAGUGGGAUUUUUCCAUAUGAUUACAAUUUCUCUUAUCGGUUUUUACAAGAAUAAAAGUACGAAACACCACUAAAUGAAAAUUUAAGGUAACAAUUUUUUAAGAAAAAAUAUCAGAAUGAUUAUUUCAAAUUUCUACUUAUAUCCAAAUACUACCGUUAUUGUUAAAUAACAUUGAUUAAUUAUGCAAACAAAUUGUUAUCGCAGAAUAUAAAUAUAAAUAAGGAAUAGUUCAGGCAUACAACUGAAAUAUUCUUUUUUUCAUUUAAACGUACAUGUUUUCUUGCCUCGCAUAUUAAUGCAUUUCGCAUUUUUUGUUUGUUUUUUUUUUUAUUUAGAUUUGUUCAAACUGUGCAAGCUAUUUAAAAACUUUAAUAUCGUAAAAUUAUUUUAGAAUUUUAUGCCGAUUGACUGUACGCACGUGCGCUAAAACUGCUAAAAGAUAAAAUGGGAGAAAGAAAGAGAGAGAGGAUGAAUGAUUUUUUUCCGAAGUGAAGAGACUCCGGGUGAAACGCGCGUGUUUCGAGAUCCGGGCAACUCGAUCACUUUUCUUUCCGAAUACCAGCGAAAGGCGAUUGCGGCCUGGAGCGCUCGUCGGACGAAACGGUGAUUGCGGGUACAUAGAGGCAGACAAUAAAUUAUGUUGCUCUUUAAUCUGACCGAUCGACGAUUACGUUACAUUUGACGGCGAGCCUACCAUGUUACCAAGGUGCGAAUGCACGUUCGUUUUGAAAGAAUGCCACAAGAGCAAUGGGAGUUCAAGUUGUCGAGAAUACGAGGGACCUUGAUGAUUUGAUAUAGAUACGAUUACCUGUACCAUAUGACGCGUGACGUAUGAUUAACGCAAACGUAUAUUACUUUCGCAGUCGAAAGCUGUGAUCUUUGAUAGAGCCGUUGAUUUCUCGAACAACCAGACACGUGAGCGGUUUUACUGUGAAGAUGAUCUACAUCAAAUUUUGAAGCAUGAUCAAUUCAUGAGAGAUGUACGCUUGACGAAUAAUGACCUAAGUCGACGUAGUGUACCUGAUGUCUUUAAAUCUUCAGAAUUUGACUUACAUUAUUUUCAGGAUAAAUUGUUCACGUCGCGUCUCCGAUAGAAUACUGCCAUAACGUGAUGAAAAUACUUAUUUUUUGGACUUAAAUGCAUUAAAUUAAGUUGUAAAAAAAAAGUUUCAAUAAGUUGGAGGCAAUGAAAAUUCAACUUUCAUGCUUUACUUUCGUAAUUCUUAAUUAAUACCUAUUUUUUAAUCAGUUCAGUAAAUUAUAACGCUAUUUCCGAUCGCUUGGUCUAUUAAACUUAUGGCAGUCUUUUCUCGAUGGUGCAUCAUAGUUUAUGAACCGUACCAAGCGAGAAAGAAAGAGAGAGAAAGGAAAGACGUGCUUAUGUAACCGACGUUCAUAGACAGAGGCGCUUCAACACGCGAAAUAUACAAGCGAAGAGAUA